CUAGCUGGUUCAGCAAAACACCACCACGUUUGAUGGGAGCUCCGCAGCUACGUAUUGCCGUUGGUUAUGAAAAGCUCUGCUCUCCAACAGAUUCUUGUUUGUCCUGCGCUUGCGUUUGUGGCCGUCUUGCAGAGGGAGCUGCAGUAAGAGCUUGAACCCCCACCUUCAAACCUGAUCACCGCACAUCGUUGCUUGAACAUUCUUUCAGGAACUGUGAGCAUCAGCCACAUUCUCUCUGUUUGAGACUAUGCCUGGCAUGGCCGGCAGCUUACAGCAACCCCAGAUCCUGGAGCACACCAGCAAAAGCUUGUCCGUGACGAUCUACGAUACAAAAUGGGUACCCAGCAGCGCUCGCUUUGUGGUCCUCGGCUCCCACCCUAGAAACAGCGGCUGUAUCCAGGUGUACGAACUGGGGGGAACGGAGAUCAACAAACUCACAGAGGCGGAAAAGCAGCACAGCUUCAAAUGUGGGACAUUUGGCGCCUCAAGCCUGACCCAACGCCACCUCGCCACCGGUGACUUCGACGGUAACCUCAACGUUUGGGACCUCGACAGGCUAGGGACCCCUCUCUACCACGCAAAAGCCCACAGCUCAAUAGUAAACGCAAUCGACGGCUGCGGAGGCCUAGGGGUCGGGCGGGGAGCCCCCGAGAUCGUGACAUGUGGCAGGGACGGCCGGGUCUGCGUAUGGGACACCCGACAAAAGGACGACCCUGUGGCGUGCUUCGAGCCUGCCACGUCGGACAGCACGCGCGACUGCUGGGCCGUCUCGUUCGGAAACGCGUACGAGGAGAACGAGCGGUGCGUUCUCGCGGGGUACGACAACGGCGACGUGAAGCUGUUCGACCUGCGCACGGGCACCGUGCGGUACGAGACGACGCUGCAGAACGGGGUGUGCGCGGUGGAUUUCGACCGGAAGGACAUCCCGAUGAACAAGUUCGCGGCCACGACGCUCGAGUCGCGGUUCCACGUGUUUGACGCGCGCACGCAGCAUGCAACAAAGGGGAUGGCGAGUUUGAGCGAGAAGCAGGCGCAUGGGAGCACGAUCUGGGGGGUGCGCCACCUGCCUCAAAACAGGGAGGUGUUCAUGACGCUAGGGGGAGACGGCAGCUUGGCGUUGUACAAGUAUUCGUACCCCGAGAAGAGGACGGCCAAGGAGGAGGACGGGAGCGUGUCGGGGGUCAUUGGAAGCGUAAACAUGUUAGCGUCGCGAACGGUGGCCUCUCAACCAAUCUCCUGCUUUGACUGGAGUCCCGACAAGGAAGGCCUUGCCGUGUUUGGCUCUUUCGAUCAAAGCAUCCGAGUUGGGAUCGUCACCAAACUGCAUAAGGUUUGAGGAACAAGCGCCUGCCACUUAUACGAUCGUGUCGGCCCGCCCAUACAUGCAUGGGCAGCAGACAUUCUGCUCCUUCCAUGUCGUCCAAACGAAGUUACUUAUCUGAUUAAGCAAUAUUAACUUACGGCGUACUUCGCUCUUAGAGUCGGUCGAGGUGGCCGCUAGCUUUUUGGCGGCCAAUAUUCAUCGAACGCGCUUUAUCGAAUGUUUGUUUCUGUUGAGCCAAGCACCUUUGUCGUUGUAUUAGAAGCCAUGAUACUAAGAGCCUGC